AUGGAUCUAGAAACUCAAAACCUUGAUAUCGAAACCGACAAAAGUGCUUCCUCAAAUGCAGUACCUGCAUUAGUUGGUCCCCAACUUGACGUAAAUUCAACCCGGUAUGAAUAUUGGGGUUGGGUAGUGCUCUUCAGUGCCUUCGUCUGCACAGGAGUCGUAGAUGGACUUCUCUUCUCUUUUGGUCUCAGUGUCCUUGCCAUGAUGGAGACCCCGACGUUUUUAUCUUGGAGUAGUGAUGGCUACUAUAUCCCCUUCUUUAUGUAUCUUCUUCCUGGUGCACUCCUUACAGGAAUGCAUCUCUAUGCUAGUGAGUUUCGAUAUUCUGCAUUUUUGUUGUCAAAACGGAUGUCAAAAUCUGAAAAUACAGCCUUGAUGGUUUGUUUCGCUGUUCACUGCUUGCUAUCCUUUAAAUCAAUUUGCGCAAAAGUUUUACUGCGCUUUUCUAUUGCUUAUCAAGUUAAUAUAGAUGGCUUUACUACUAAAUUCGCAAUUUAUGAAUUUAGUUAUUUUUUCAAUUUUAUUUAG